AUGCUUUCACAUCAAGAUGGUCCCUUUCAUCCCGAUGUUCUCUCCACCAUCUUUUCCUAUUUAAAACACGAAACAGUAUACGUUCAGAUGAGUCUUGUUUGCCAGGAAUGGUAUCAAGUGAUUGAAACCGGUAAUUUUAUUGGAGAGGAAUUUAAUUUAUAUUAUGAUAAGAUCUUUGAGUGUUCCUGUACAAAUUUAGAUGAAAUAUUGAUGAAAAUGAAAAGAAAUUCAUCAUCCAAGGACGAUGAUUUGGUGAAAUUUGCCUUGGACAUCAAUCAAUUUUAUUCAACACCAUAUUUUGACCCCUAUUAUCCUGAAUACGAUGGUGGAGAAUAUCGUUUAAUCUGGCGUUUAGCAUCAUUGGUGUCCAAUAGAUUUAUCAAGUACCUCACGUUUUUACAACACAAGCAUGGAGCCAUCCAAAGCGUGAAAACAAUUAACAUGUAUGAGAUAUUAUUGUUGAGCAAUGUGUUGCAAAUUGGUCGCUUGACACACUCUCUUUUUCCUUCUGUGACCAUUGUUAGGUGUGCAGUGAUGUGUCAAUAUGACAAGUUGGAAGGUUUCUUAUCAGAUAUUGCUAAAGGGUUUGACAAGUUACAACACGUGUAUUUGAUUUCUGUUCAUGGAGGAAGCGACGACGAGGGUGACAACGACUCAAUUCUCCCUACGAAUCGCUCUGUGAACCAAUCCAUUAUUACAAAUGUUGCAACAAAAUACCCACACAUUCAGUUUCAACAUUUGGAGUUUUCGAAAAUAGUAUCACAUGAUCGUGUUGUUGAGUGGCAAGCAACAACAAAUUCCUUUCAAAAUUCGAACGAAUAUCAACCCAUUGAAAUAUUUACGUCAGACAUUGAAUUAUUAUCGUUUCUCAAAGAUGAACCUUGGAUCAUGUCUUUUCAUGCAGCCAAUGAGAAUAUUUUGACUAUGGCUAUUCGUUUCAAAUUUAGAGAGAGUAUAAAAUUCAUACUUUCACAGAACUUGGCCUUACUUACAAGGUCCACAUAUCCCCUGCUGAACUACCGUGUUUAUGAGAUGCAGAGUCCACUUGCAGCGGUUUUAACAUAUACAAGUCCUGAAGACGGAAUUAUGGAUGACAUUAUUGUUGCAUUGCAAUCACUGUCGAAAAAGAGCGCAGAAUAUAUUCAUGACACGGUCAUCAAACUUCUUCCAGCUCAUAACAAACGCUCACCUCGUGUAGAACCCUACUCCACCUUGUUCAGCAAUUUCAUUCCAAAUCACACACCCCAAGUGAUGAAAUACGUUUAUGAAACAUAUGGAUUUGACCAUUCAUUAUUUAAUUUACUGAAAUAUCAAACAGGUUAUUCAUUUACGCAUUAUAUAUUACAAUACUUUCCUUCAUGGUGGCCGUACAUGAAGACUUUUGAACCCGAACAAGUGUUUCAAAAUUUUGAAGAGCAUUCAUAUUCACUCCUCAAAUCCAACCCAUUACAUGCAUUGUGCAAUGCUCAUUGUAGCAUCACGACCUUCCAAGAGAUCAUGAAAAGUUAUUACGACAAUCAUCUAGAAGUUUUGGAACAGCAUUUACAAGGUACUACAAUCACAAAACAGACUCCCUUACACACUUUAUUGUUCUUGAAUUUGCUGGGAUUUAGUAUUAAAGAGACAACAGAAAAGUUUUGGACGUUGUGGGAGAAGUGUAGUACAAAUUUGAGGAAACUACUCUUGAUGCAAAAUGCAAAUGGAGAAACACCAUUAGAAGUCUUCAUUUCAUGUACUCGUUCAUGGCAUAUUCAAGAAAGCGAAGACUUUAUUCAGCAACUUGUUUCACAAAUGGUAUUAGAGAAUGAAUGGGAUGCACUUCAAGUUUUCAGAAAGUUAUGCCUUCAAAGAAAAUCCUUCUCUCUACUGUAUGUGAUUACUAGAGCGUUAGAAGGAAGGCAGUUGUUUCCUUUGAAGCCAGACGAAGAGGAUGGAUAUGACUUUUUAUUUUGGGUUGCACAUCCCUUAUCCUCUACCUCCAUUAAGCAUCAAUUUUACUACGUGUUGAAGAGUGGUUUUGUGAAUUUUAAGUGUCAAUGUCCCAAGACCAAUCGAACUCUAUUGCAUGUGGUGAUGCAAUCACGUAAUAGAGAAAUUUUGGUUCCCUUUUUAAUACAUUUUGGGGUGCAAGUGAAUGGAGUAGAUUUCAGUGGAAACACAUGUCUACAUUUAAUCGUUGGUCAACAACGUUCGUAUUAUUAUAAUCCAGAAUAUUCCAUUACACAGUUGUUGAGAAAUUUUGGAGCUGAUGUGAAUCUUUGUAAUUAUCGUGGAAUAUUGCUAUGCACACAUCUACAACCAAGAGGUACGAAAUGGUCGAGCUCGAAAGUUCGACCAGCGUUCAUUUGUGAUCAUUGUUUGCGACACUUUACAUCACAGAAAGCAUUGCAGAGUCAUGAACAAGCAAAGCAUGCAGUACCAAAGGACUGA